GGUCACGUUACACUCGUUUUGUAAGAAGGGAUAAAGCAGGCUGUGUGCAGACUUUUGGACUUGAAAACUAGUCGGCGUUGUAUAAUUUUUGAGUGUGUGUGUGUUCUUGGGAGUAGUCGUAAAACGUUUAGCCGCCCCACGCUGAUAAGAAAACCCUGUCCUUUCUAAACGCUUCAUAUCACAGUUUUGACAAACAGCGAAACUUUUAAUAUCGCAGUUUGAAGGAACUCCGUUAAAGGACGACAUGUGGCUUCAUAUGCUUGGAUUCACGGCUCUGCCACACCUGGGAGGAUUCUACGGUGGCUACAUCACACGGAAGGAGGUGAAGACCUGGUACCCAACUCUUCAGAAACCAUCAUGGCGGCCACCAAAUGGAGCAUUCCCUGUAGUGUGGACCUGCCUGUACACAAGCAUGGGGUAUGGCUCCUACUUGGUGUGGAAAGAGCUUGGAGGUUUCACUGAAGAUGCUUUGGUACCACUGGGCCUUUAUGGGCUACAGCUUGGUCUGAACUGGGCCUGGACACCGAUUUUCUUUGGGGCACACAAGCUCAAAUUGGCACUCAUAGAGAUUGUGAUGCUAACUGCUACCGUCGGCGCCACCAUGUGGUCAUGGUAUCCUAUCAACCGCACUGCCACACUGCUCUUGGCACCUUAUUUCUGCUGGCUGUGCCUCGCCACCUCCCUUAACUACUGCAUAUGGAGAGACAAUCCUGAGAAGAAAGAUGAGUAGGAGACAGCUUUAUGGCCUUUGAACAAACCAUAAAUAAGGUGCUGCAGUAGGUGUGUGUAGGUGCUGCUGAUUGUAGUACAAAUUAAAAUAAAAUCUUGUUUUUCAGACUUUGAAUAAAACAUACAGGAUUUGAAUGAUGCCUUAUUAAAGUUGAAUUGCUAAGUC